GGAUCGGUAGGGCACCAGGUCGAGCAUGAUGGUCCUCGGAGCAAGAGCAGAUCAGCAUGCGCGAGCGCGUGCCCAAGCACGAGCGUAACAAUGUACCUGCUCUCUCUCUCUCUCUCUCUCUCGUGGCUGGGCACGAGCACAAUCCAACGCCACAUCUCUCCGCAUGUGAGACGGCGCUCUCUGAUGUUGUCCCUCGCGCAUGUACCAACGCACCAUCGUCCCGAAAAUCCAAGUCCGGGAGUGGUGUAACACCCACUGGAGAUUGAGGCAGACGAAUGAGUGGCAUUCCCGGGCCGUAAUCGCUGACGAAACCGAUCGAUCCACUUGCGCAAUCUCUCCCUUCCUCGCAUAUCCGGGCGGGCCGUGGAUGCUUUCGACCCCCGGACGAGUCUUAUCAGGAGGAGUCUCGUGGCGGGGAGGGGUCCUUCGACUCGCACUGCUCAUUUCCACCGACAAUGCGCCUCGUCGGAACCGCCAGGCUACGUCGAGCUCGGCGAGGAUGAGCACCAUGAGGUUAUCGAUCGCCCCGGUGUGCUGGACUUCCAACCAAGCAAACGAGACUGGACCGAGUCCUCGAGGGAUCGAUGCCAGCCAUGCUCCGGUCUUUGCGGCCAUUCCACCGCCGUUAUAUUCUUUUGUAACACGGCGGCGGAAUCCAGUACAUCGGGACGUACCUGGGUACCCCUUCGAACGCCGGCGGCUAGAGCAGCCCUGUAGAUGCCGACUGGGGACGAGGGGCGAGUGCGCGUGCGGAGGCGAUCAUGUGCGCGAGAUGCGGCCCAAUUCGAAUUCGCUCGUCGCCCGGUGAGGCUUUCUAUCGUCGUCCGAUCCAUCGCGCACGCUUCUCGGGGAUCGCCCGGACGGGCCAUGGGGGUGCAGACCGAUGAGGUCCCUGCGUCGUAGGAGUCCCGGAGAAGAGCGGCGGAUGUUUGCUCUCGCGGAGGGCGCGUCUCGGCGCAGUGGCAUUUGUUCCGCUGCGGGGUGGGCGUCCGUGGAGAACAGCAACGGGGGGCGUUUACCAUGCGCUCUUCG